GCGACUAUCACCGGAAAGUUGCGUUAGAUCAACAUCAAAAUCAACUGUAAAAGCAACUAAGUCACGAGUCUUAUAUACUGUGUUACGAUCACCUCAUAUUGAUAAAAAGUCCAGAGAACAAUUUGAAAUUGAAAUAAAUAAAAAAUUUCUUGUCAUAAAAACAGAAAGGCAUGAAUUGCGCAAGAAGUUCUUUCGGUUAAAACGCCGUGCGACUCGGAGGACAUAAGACUUAUUGGUCAAGCCAAAAAGAUUGCCGACAGGAUGCUCCUACCCCACCAUGCCGGGCCCUUUACCUUACCUUAAGAAGAAAGAGGGGGGUAUGAAGCGUGGCAAAGAAUGCGAGAAGUGUAUGAUACAACAGGUAACCUUAAGGAGUGGCGGCAAAGCUCUUGAUUGAUCAACGCGAGUGAACUGUGCUUAGACGCUUCGUAAAACCGCACCGAUCUACGAGAAGAGCUGAUGGAUGAGUAGGCUUCCCUUUUUUAUACACGGAAUGUGAUCUGGGACACGAUGGGAGUUUGCGUGCCUCGGUAGGAAAGAGAUCACCGGAGUAUAGCACAAGAUCGCCUUUUCUUGCUGCCAUGGGGUCGACCUGUAAACAAGGUAAACCCAAUGGGAACCAAAAAACGGGAGGGUACCGCAUUGGGCAGAAGAUGAUCCAAAAAGCGAAGGCUCACCCUUUAUAAGAAAGGAGCGAAAGUCACUCGCAUUUUAAUUAGAAAAGAGGAACGAAGUCACUCGACCGAAGGUUUAUCAUAUGUUCAACCGAAGGGGAGUGGAGAUAUGUCUUCCUUCUGCAAUCGUCUUGGUUGAGGAUUUAGAUCAUAUACCCUAUCAUCUGAGAUGGCUGCAACCUUAAGUUGCUCAAAGAUAGCGGGUUGCUCAGCUUUCUCGGCUUCAUAGUUGGCUCCCUCAGAACCAUUACUUUUCUGGUCUCCUUCCCACUUCGGAGGUCACAAUUUGCAAUUCAAUUUCAUGGAUUUGAUUGUGAGAAAUGGCAGCUUGUGUGAUGAUGCCCAUCCAUGUGGUCUAUCAAUUGAUUACUUUGCAACCCUGAUUCAAUGGAUGAGAAUUUCUCGGUGGUCUCCUCCAUAAACCUCUCUAUCUUUUUAAAUUUUUGAGAACUCAAACUCACAAAGGCCGUCACAAGCUCUUCAAGUGAAGAAGUUUUGUCAUGCUGAGGUUGAAGAGAGGGAGACGUCAUGGCUCAAACUGGAGGUUCUUGGUCGAAUUAUGUUCCCCUUGCCAAACUAGAAUGGUAGCAACUCUUCAUAUUAUAUGCACUACUAAAGGGGUUGUUGUUAUAGUCAACCCCAACCAUAGCCUCUUGCGGCCAUAUCUUCAAACAAUGUGGUCAUUUUGGGGGGAGUCAUGUUGAUCAUGUUCCCAUGACACAAUCAAUGAGUAUCGGAUCUUCUAGAAGCAUCCGAUAUUCAUCCUAGAUACCAUGAAAAUGUAUGUUGUCCUGAAUCAAUAUAAUGAGGCUGGGCUUUAUCUGAAAGUUGUUAGCUGCCACGGGCGGAUGCAAGAUGCUUGAUUGAAUAUUCGCCGCCAAUGGUGGCAUGUAAUAGCCCAUCAUCCUCGGUUCACCAUCUCCUUGGACAUUACCUUCUGCCAUCUCAAUGUUCUCAACUCCAAACUCCUCUUCGAAACCAACCUUUUCUUCCACUUCCUCUUCGGGAGCAACUUGUGGUUGUCCUUGAUACGCUAAUCUUUCUCUUGCCUCCCUCAAACUCUCUCUCUCUCAAACCAAGAGUCGGAGAGUUCGGUUGAUGUUUUUAUCUAGUGCGCCAAAGGUGUCAGAUCACUGUGGGUCAUACACCCCCUGCACACACUUCACCAAACAUAAACAAGUCAAGGCAAGCAAGAUUCACACUACGCAAUGCAAGAAAUGAAAACCUAGAGUAACAAUAAACGAAUUUUUAUGAAUAAUAAACUGUAAAAUCUCCCCGGGAACGGCGCCAAGAACUUGACUCGAACCUAACUACACAAUUCCCAAUCGAUGGCCAAGUAUAAACAACAACUGGGUGCAAAAUAGGGAAAGUGUUUAAUUAUCUAUCCGAAGCGGUCAAUGUACCCCUACUUGAAUCUUUUAUUUAUUAUCUAUCAAACGGUUUGUGGUGAAAUCUAAGAAACUACAGUUGAAAGCAAGAAAGCAAAGUAAAGUUGCGGUGAAUUCUAUUUGAGAAGGCUUCACUCGGAUAUUGUUUCCCCUAGUUUUGUGUCUAGAUCAACGAAUGGAAAUCUAGUGUGUGAGUGUGAUCAUAUACCAUGAGGAAGUUGAUGCAAUUAGUUAGGUAACCCAAGUCUCUUAAUCGAUUAACUAAGGAAUGUCAAGAAAAACUAGGAAGUCUAGUCCUUUUAAUCAAUCGACUAAGGAUUGCAAAAACCAAUCCCUCAGAGGUUAAUCCGGAAUGGCAAAAAGAAAUCAAUCACGAUGAAAUCAUGACACUUAUUCGAUGUUUGAGAUUUGUCCUUAAUUUCCCUAGAAGGGGCUACCCAAAUUGCCACGGUGUGGGCUAUGAGGGGAUUUCCUCCUUCUUGGUCAAAUUGACCUAACAUUGAGAAUGAUGAACAACACCCAAGAUAAAUGAAAAAUAACUCAAACAUCAUAUCAAUGAAUAACCCAUCACAUAAAGAUUUAAACUCUUACAAACUAACACAUCCUAGAGUAGGGUUUCCAAUAUCCAAGUGAAAUGGGAGAGUACUUCAUAGCAAUGAAGGAAAAUACAAUAAAGAUGGAAGAAAACCCCAUUGGGAGAUAAUUCUCUUACUUCUAGAUGCUUGGUUGACCCUUUGGAGAAGAAACCUUCAUACCUCUAGCCUUGGGUAAGCCAAAGCCUCCUUCUUCCUCCCCUCAGCUCGUCACUUUCUCUCUCUAUUUGAAGAAGAAGACCCCAAAUGUCUCUCUAGAACUCCUUUAGGUUUGAGCUUUAUCUUCUUUAUAUACACCAUUCUAGCAGUGGUCACUGUCUGAGAUCACGCCCGUGAUGUCGAAGUCUUGCCCUCAUCUUGGCACAACACGCGCCAUUUCAUUUAACAUCACAAGCUGCUGAAUAUUAGCACGGUUUGGUGACCAUGAUGUCAGACUUGCCCGCACGCCAUCCGAAGCCUCCUGGAAGUGUUCCAGCAUCACAGCAAAGUCCAUCUUCAUGGUCCGGUGCCCAUGAUAAUGCUCCCCCGUACGUGAGCUUCAUCUUUUGUCCAUUCUUGCUUCGCUUUUGCCCUAUUUCAUUCAACUUUCAAACCCUGAGCUAAUUUCACUAAAUUAGAUCUAAAGCACUCUAAAACAUGCACAAACAUCGUGACUCGCCACUGAUACACAAUGAUUUUAAUCCCAACUAGAGCUCAAGCAUAAACUCUAGCCGGUUGCAAUAUAGGGCAAGUAUGUUUUAAUUGUCGAACCCGGGCUGGUCUAUGUACCCCUACCUUCAAUCGCUUAGUUUGUUAUCUAGCAAACAAUUUUGGGUUUAAAACUAAAAAAAGUACAAAUGAAAACAAGCAAGUAAAUUGAGGUUGUCACGAUGAGAGAAGAGUUCACCCGAGUAUUGCUCCCCUUAGCUACAUAUCAAGAUCACCCAAAAUGAAUGCAGAUGUGUGGAGGUGUGUUAAUACACCGUAAGAAGGCGCAACAAGUUAAGAAAACCUCACUCUCUUGAUCAAUCGGUUAAGGAAAACAAUUAAGCUAGGAACCUUAGCUCUCUCAAUCAAUAGAUUAAGGAUUGCUACAAUAAACUAGGUAGUCUAGCUCUCUUAACCUUUCGGCUAAGGAUUGCAACAAUAAUCCAAGAGUCCUAGCUCUCUUAACAGAUAAAACGAAGGGUUGCAAGACCAAUCCCUCAGAAUUUAAUCUGGAAGGCAAAGUAGCACCCAAGCUAAAGUGAUAAAUCGAAGUUUGAGGUUUGCCCUAAUUUUCCCUAGGUAAGUGAUUCAAUUGGCCAAGGAAUCCAGCUUAUCAAAGCCUCCUAACGAAAAGGAGAAUUCCCUCUACCUAGGUCAAAUUGGCAUAGUAAUGAUAAAUGAAGAACACAACCCAAACAUCAUAAAAAUACCUCAAACUUUGCAUUAGACACAAACCCACACACAAAGCAUUCAAUUAAUACAAUCUAUGACAUAUUUCAAGCUAGGGUUCACAACACCCAAGUGAAUAGGUAGGCUAUUCCAUAGCUAGGCAAAGGAAAACAAGAAAAAGGAGAGAAAGAUCCACGAAGAGAUGACAAUCUUCCUUCCUCCUUGCUUGAAUCUCCCUUGAGAGGUAAGAAUCUUCACUCCUCUAGCUAAGGGCAAGCCCAACCUCCUUCUUCCUCCUAUGAAUGGCACUUUCUCUCUCUAGAAUAGAAAGAGUAAACCCUAAUCUCUCACUAGAAACCAUCCUUUAUUCUAAAAACUAAAACCCUAUAAAAAUCUCCCUUCUUCCUCCUCACAGCUCCAUAUUUAUACCCAGUUGCGCCCAGUUCACAGUCCCAGGUCAUGGUCAUGAACUAAUGGCGGGGACCGUGAACUCAGGCCAAGACGCACCGUUCCAUUAAGCCAGUUCGCGGUCCAUGGCUUUAGUUCACAGUCUUGUGACCAUGAACUGCAGCUGCUUGCUGGACGCCUGUGCUUCACAGGCAUGGGGCAAUUGUCACGGUUGACUUUGGACUUUUCUUCGGUUUCUGCUCUUUUCAACCUCUAAUCUUCUUGAAACUCGUCCUCAACCCUUCCACAUGUGCUACGACCUGAAAUGUAUCAAAACAAGCACAACCUAGCAUGAAAUAUGUCGAGAGAAGAUGAAAUGCAACGCCAAACUAUCAAGAAAUGAGAGGUGAAAUGUGUACAAUUGGACCCGAAUAACCUAGCGUAAAAGUGGUCAUUCGACGAUGCAAAUGACACAAACAUCACAAGAUAAAGGGGGUAGAAACAUGUGCAAUUAAACCUGAAUCAAGACCUUCUACAAUGGGUUAUUCUAAGAAGAUUGCAUUCUUAUAGACUCAAUUUGUCAAUGAGAUAUGCUAAACAAGAUGCCUUGAUAACACCAAAAUUGGUGUUAUCUACCCUACAUAUCUAGGUAUGUUUUGAGCCAAUUCAUGUGCUUAAAUGCUUGAACAUCAUCAAAUACAUCCCUAUAGCAUUCCUAUUUGAUUUUGAUAUGAUUUUAGGGUGUAUUAGUCAAUAUGUGCAAAUUAGGUACAAAACAAGGUGACAAGUGUAAAGAAGGGGCAGGAAUUGAGGAACGUGGCAUAGAAGCCAAAGAUCACGGCCGAGAUCAAAAGCCGGGAAGACUAACUAAAGAUCAUGGCCGAAAAGCCAUUGAUCGGGACCACGAACUUGGAGGCCCAGGCCGCGAACUUCGCGUGGAAGGAGCCUUAGAGACGCAGAGAGUCUCCCCAGUGGUAUCACGACCAAUGUUCAUUUUGUCUACGAGGAAGAUCGAAGCCACGAGUUUUGGAUCGUGACCACGAAGUUAGCCCGCGAUCUUCCCCUUUCCAAAUGCCUUGAUGGCUGCAUUUUGAGAUCACGGCCCAGAGACCAAAGAUCCCGCCCGCGAUCAACUUACCUCAGGCCGCAAACUUUCCCAAGUCUAGAAUGCCUAUAAACACAAGACCUUUUCCCCCUUUAAGCUGAGCUAAUUUUGAGAGAAACUUUCUGGUUCUAGAGAGAGAGAAUAGAGAGAAGCUGAAGGAAGGAGAAGAGAAGGAGAAGAAGAAGGAGCUAGGAGAAAGGAGCACAGAGGCAUCUUCUUCAACCCCAAGUCUUCUUCUGUUUCUACCAUGUAUCUUCUUUCCUCCUUUAUGGAGUAUUCCUUUAAGGUACUAGGGGUUCUAAACCCCAAACCCUAGUUUUAGGGUUUACUAUGUAUAUAUGGAUAUUUUAGGGUUUGAAUGAAUGAAUGUGUUCGUCUAGUUGAUUUUAAUGCCACUCUCUCCUAAAUGAUGACGAUACAUCUCGCAAGCAACCGACGAGGGACUCCACCCUUUUUCAAAUCUUACUUAGGAUUGAACUCCACGAACAUUCAAGCUCCUCCAGUCAUGUUGAAUGCGUUACUCGCAACAAUCCAUCCUCCCCAAAAGAACGAUGUAGCAUCCCUAGAAGAAGAGGCAACAACUCGUCAGAUCCUUAAACAAAGCUUCAAGGAGGUGACUCGUCCCCCAUCCUUCAAUUGUGACACCGCGAUUAAUCUUCCUUCUGAGUCGACAAUAAAGAGGGGAACCAAUAAGCUACACGGUUUUCACUUGGGUCUUCACUACAAGGGGGAGUUUGAUGAUACUACCCUCGAUCUUCCCCUUUCCAUAGGCCUCGACGACAGCAUUUUGAGAUCACGGCUCAGCGACCAAAGAUCUCGCCCAUGAUCACCUUACCUCAGGCCGCGAACUUUCCCUAGUCAAGAUACAUCUCGCAAGCAACCGAUGAGGGACUUCACCCUUGUUUGAAUCCUACGUAGGGUUGAACUCCAAGAAUAUUCAAGCUCCUCCAGUCAAGUUGAAUCCGUCACCGGAACAAUCCCUCCUUCCCAAAAGAACGAUGUAGCAUGCCAAGAAGAAGAGGCAACAACUUGUCAAAUCCUUAAACAAAGCUUCAAGGAGGUGACUCAUCCACCAUCCUUCAAUUAUGACAGCACGAUUAAUCUUCCUUCCGAGUCGAUAAUAAAGGGGGGAACCAAUCAGCUUCACGGUUUUCACUUGGGUCUUCACUACAAUGUGGAGUUUGAUGAUACUACCCAAGGUGAGAGGGAUCCUUCCACAUGAACACCUCUCUUGAUCUUAUUGUCCGGCAAAAAGACUUAAAAAAUGCACUCAUUUGGGAAGUACCCCAACACUUUGGUUUGUUUUUCCUCUACUUUAUCUUUUAAAUAAAUUACCUUUUUUAGAGUCUUUUAGAUUAGGCCUUAGUCAAGUACUCUUGCUCUCGGAAUUGUCUUUUAGAACUAGGGGAGGUACUCUAAGGAAGCACUUGAUCAAGACUUGAAAGGAAAGAUCGCGACCACGAUCUUGUGAUACGAGCCCGCGAUUCUGCCUGUCCUCGGGGUUUAAAUACCCAGCGGGUGAGCUGUGCCAAUUGUGUUUCCCUUGUACCUCAUUUUUCAAUAUUCUUGGAUAGUGCUCUUCACUAGCACGGCUCACUACCAUUCUCUUUAAAAGGGUAUGACUGAGAAAUUUAUUGUUGAUUUGAGUUGAGCUAAAUCAAGGAAGUGUCUUGCCAAAUACAUCCUAAUCAAAGUAAGUGGCUUCUUUGCAUCCUAAAGAGUGGUAUUGGAAGUUCCUCUUGAAUUUUCACCUUGAUGUGUGCUUAUUUUGGUUUGAGGUAAAAUGCUUCCCUACUCCUUUUCCUUGCAAUUUUGGGGUUGUGAUUGACUUGUUUGACCCGUUGAGGUUCAUGCGCGUCAUGGUUGUCCCUUAUUUCUAUGAAAUCCCUUCAAUCAAGUUGACCUAAUGAUAUGCCCAUAAGGAUAAAAUGUAUUAGAGAACAAAGAGGGGAAGAAUGGUUCUCUUUCCCUUUCUUUUGCCCUUUCUCUUGUUGCCUUUCAAGUUGAACUCUCUUUGAUCUUCCCACUGCCUCUUUUAAUCGUGGAACUACUUCGACUUUGCUAACUUUUCAUCCUUAUGAUAAUGAUAUGUUUUAAGCUUUGUUAAGGAUGGGGAAAUCAAAGAAAGUGCCCGAGUCAUCGACCUUGAUCAAGGGUGGGAAAGAGGCACCUCACCUAUACAUUGACUUCGGAGACAAGGACAAGGACGAGUAUGCACACUUUGCUUCUCAAACAUAUGGAGAGCAUCGUAGUAUCUCUUGGGAAGUUUUAAAAGGAUUUGGAGCCACCGCGGCCAUUCGAGAUCUCAGCCAAGAGCCGGCUUGGCCUAAACUUUUGGCAAUCAACGAGAAGAUUUAUGUUGAAACAACCUUUGAGUUCUUGACCAUGUUGACUUGCUCAGUGCUCACCAUCAAUAGACACUUUCCAAGAACUCUCUCAUUCAGUAUUGUGGGUGUACCAAGGGUUAUGAGCUUCAAUGAAUUCACCGAGGCUAUGGAUAUUUACCCUCCUGGUUUCAUCUUCAACCAAGAAGGCCUUGUCCUCCACGGAGAAGAGUUGGCCUCGUGUCAUCAUCUGGAGGAUUUCUUCACUAUCCAUCUUAAAAGUAAAGACCAUCAAGCACCUUUCAACCCAAAAUCUACAAAGAGUACAUCCUUGAUGCCCAAAUGGCGCAUCCUUCACAACAUCAUCUCCUACUCGGUCACUCCUAAGGAGAAGUCUACGAGCAACUUGACCAAGCGAGAUCUCGACCUCUUGAGGUCAAUGUUCAUCGAGCCCCGCUUGAACCUUUGGUUGGUCAUUCUCAAAACUCUAUAUAAGGACAUAACCAAUCUGACAGUGAAGACCAUCCACUCAGGUGUUUACUGGGGAUCACCUAUCCAAGAUGCAUCUUCUGGAGACUACCAAUGGCAAGAAGACCAUCAAGGGUAUAACCCUUUGACCACCCAACUUUUUAGCUUCAAGGGCCUAAACCGACUUCCUCAUUCUCUAGGUCUCAUGCCUCCCAAAUUGCAACCCUCAUCGAGCAGAACACCAUUCUCAUUGAAAAGAACUCCAAGCUUAUUGAGGAUCAUGGGGAGAUUCAAUUUCUAUUGAACCAAGAGAGGAAUUCCAAGCAUCACCUCUUGGGGGCGGUCCACAUGUUAAUAAAGAAGAUGUAGAUGGGUCAGAGCUAAGUUGAGCAAGACUUUCCACUUUCACCUCCGUCAGUUGGUAACCACCUUGUCUCGGAAGACGAAUGCCAUCUUGACAACAACUCCAAGGAGGAAUGAGUUGUAGGCAUCCAGGGCCUACUUUCUAUCUUUUAUUUUUCUUUGCUUUUCUUUAUUUCAAUUAAAACAAUGUUUAAUU